GCGAUGGAAGAGGAACGUCGGAUUUGCUGUCUGUCCCCCAUUUCCAAUUAUAGAUGGAUCAUUACAGACAGAGAAGUACUGAGAAUCCAGACAUCUGCUCUUCACAUGAAUGCACUCACCUCCUAGAGAACAGCCUGCCAUCAUGCUCUGGAAACUGGUUGAAAAUGUCAAGUAUGAAGAUAUCUAUGAGAUGUUAGUCCACACCUAUUCCGCCAUGGACCGGCAUGAUGGAGUCCCCAGCCACAGCUCCAGAUUGUCCCAGCUGGGCUCUGUCUCCCAGGGACCCUAUUCCAGCGCCCCGCCGUUGUCUCACACCCCGUCCUCGGAUUUCCAGCCGCCUUACUUCCCACCCCCCUACCAGCCUCUUCCUUACCACCAAAGCCAGGACCCGUACUCCCAUGUCAAUGACCCUUACUCCCUAAACCCCUUGCAUCAACCCCAGCAGCACCCUUGGGGACAAAGGCAGAGGCAAGAGGUGGGAUCAGAAGCCGGCUCACUGCUGCCACAGCCUCGGGCCGCCUUGCCUCAGCUCUCGGGACUGGACCCCAGGCGGGACUACCACUCAGUGAGGCGGCCAGAUGUUCUCCUUCACUCGGCACACCAUGGCCUGGAUUCCGGCAUGGGAGACAGCCUUUCUCUGCAUGGCAUCGGACACCCAGGAAUGGAGGACGUGCAGUCAGUUGAAGAUGCCAAUAACAGCGGUAUGAACCUAUUGGACCAGUCUGUCAUUAAAAAAGUGCCAGUUCCUCCAAAAUCUGUUACUUCUCUGAUGAUGAAUAAAGAUGGCUUCCUGGGUGGAAUGUCAGUCAAUACCGGAGAGGUGUUUUGCUCAGUACCUGGCCGCUUGUCCUUGCUCAGUUCCACUUCAAAGUAUAAAGUAACCGUGGGAGAAGUUCAAAGACGCCUCUCGCCUCCAGAGUGUCUGAAUGCAUCCCUCCUAGGAGGAGUACUUAGAAGAGCCAAAUCGAAAAAUGGGGGGAGAUCGUUGAGAGAGAGGCUAGAAAAAAUCGGUUUGAAUUUACCAGCCGGCAGGCGUAAGGCCGCAAAUGUCACUUUACUCACCUCCCUGGUGGAAGGUGAAGCUGUUCACUUAGCUCGGGAUUUUGGAUACAUCUGUGAAACGGAGUUUCCAGCCAAAGCUGUUUCCGAGUACCUGAACAGACAGCACACGGACCCCAGCGAUCUCCACUCCAGGAAGAACAUGCUACUCGCUACAAAGCAACUUUGUAAAGAAUUCACGGAUCUCUUGGCCCAGGACAGGACACCCAUUGGCAACAGCAGACCCAGCCCUAUUUUGGAACCAGGCAUUCAGAGCUGCUUGACUCACUUCAGCCUCAUCACCCAUGGCUUUGGGGCCCCAGCCAUCUGUGCUGCCCUCACAGCCCUCCAAAACUACCUGACUGAAGCUCUCAAAGGCAUGGACAAGAUGUUCUUGAACAACAACACUGCUAACAGGCACACAUCUGGGGAAGGACCAGGUAGUAAAACUGGAGACAAGGAAGAGAAACACAGAAAAUGAAAAAAAGGAGAAAAAUAAAUAAAUAAAAGAGAGAGAGAGAAUCUUUUAAAACAAACAAAACAGUUUUAAUUUUAGCUUUAAAAUAUUGGAUUGGGAUUUGGAAGAAUUAUAUUAGGUAGGACAAAAAUAAUAAUAAAAAAGAAAGACAGUAACUUAAGAUCAGAGGUGCACAAUGGAGCAAGAACAGUGGCUCAAUGUCUCUUACACGGAACAUUUGAAGACAACCACCAGGAUUUUUCCACUUCUGUUCUCACUUUUUUUAAAUGAUUUUUUGGGAGGGAGGGGGCGAAAUAAAAUAAUAAUAAUAAAAGGAAGAAAUGAAUAACUUAUUGGAAGAAAUCAGAGAAACGCUUUGGUGUCGGUGCAUUGGUUUCUUGUUUGGGCUCAGAUGUAUAGUCUAUUUUUUUUUUUAAUCAAACAGUGUCCUGUGUCUACACUAGGGAAAACAAAAAAUCUUCCAGUAAUAUUAUCUGGGACAUUUCCAUUCUUCGCAUCAGCACCCCUCACUUCCAACCCUGCCCUCAUCUUACCUUGCUCCUCUGGAUCUAUAUAGACUAGAAAAGGGGCUGGUUUGGGUAGCAAAGGCUACACUAUGACUUGCUAAUAGAAUUGUAAAUGUAUUAAACUGUUUCUACAUUAAUUACAGUGUCUACAUUAAUUACAGUACAUUGGGUGUUUCAAGUCAUAUUAGCUCAAUCCAGUUAACUAACUCGAUUUUUAAAAGGCACCCUUUUUUCCUGGUCUAGACAGACCCUCUGUUUAGAUUACCAGUGUUUACAACUAUACAAGUAUUAUUUGGUAUUUAGCAUUGAUGGCAAAACUGCAUUGGCUCUUAGGGUGCAAAAUUUGAAAAUAAGGUCCAGUAAGAUGUUAAUGCUGUUUAAAACUCCUAAUCUUAUAUUUAAGGUAUCCUAAUUUCCUCUAAAGGGUUUAUAUUCCCAACAAUGCCAAUGUCUCUCUAUUUAAUUUGUUCUAAUAGUGUGGGUGUAUUGAGAGAGAUCUACUCAUUUUUUUU